CUAGCUUUCUUCAAGCGCUCAACGAACACAUCGACAGUCAGUGCAUUCGAUGGACAAUUCAUUCACACACCUCUGUCUGUCCACACACACCGACAGUCUGUCGCCACACUGAGUCCCUCACUUCCACGCACACAUCCUCAUCCCGCCCCACUAACACAGCUCACUCAGCGGCCCACCACACCCCCGCCCCUCUGUCUGAUUGACAUGGGUCCAGAAUUCCGCUGCCAUAUUGAGGUCGAAGAAGUCAGCACACGAGCCACUCGACCAGUGGGGCGACUGCCGCAGCAGAGAGUGCCCCUCGGCCACCUCCCACGAGCUCAUCGACGUCUGUUUGCCCUCCCGCAUCUCGGCGUCCAGCAGCGCCACCACGACGCCCUCGAGCGUCGACCUCGCCACCCAUCCGCUGGCAGCCGGCCGAUUGCACUCCUGGGACGCCGAAUUGUGGGCACGGCCCGUCCACUCGUUUGGGGCGACCAAGACGGGCCGCACACCUGCACACACACGCAACACAAAGCCGCCCACACACCACAUGCCGCUGUCUGUGUGUGUGUGUGUCUGCCUGCCUGUCUUGACGGCGGCCAGAGCAUCCUCCAGCGGCCGGUCGCCCACAUGGGCCAUGACGUGCCUCAUCGGCGGCUGGUGCAGACCCCUCAACACACGCUCCUUGAAGCGGCCCGCCUUAAAGCCCUUGGGGCGGUGGAAUAUGACGCCGUGAGGGAAGCUAUGGGCCGCCAGCCACUGUGAGGUCUGCACCUCUGUGCCUGUCCGACGGCCCGAGAGAUAGACAAUGGUGAUGGGCAAAGAGGGAGGGUCAUCCUCGGGCGGUGGGGAGGGACUAGCUGGGUGGUGCCUGGUCAAACGCUGGACGAGCUGCUGCAGGAAAGCUGAACGAACAAGAGAGAGCACAGCAGCGGACUCAGCCAUGGGUGGAUCGAUCAUUGGCCGGGCUGUUCGUACCAUGGGCUUCAGGAAUCGGCUGCCGUGUCGAUGACGCAGCACCAGAGCGACAGAUGACAGCACACGAGGCAGGCAUGCGUGUGAUGCGACUGGAGAGUCUCUCUCGUGUGCCCAUGAGUGAGUCACUGACUGACUGACCUCAUCGAGGUGGUAGUUGUCGCCACUCAGUAUCACAUCCCAAUCCGCCUGGCUGCGAUGGACCUGAUUGACCACACACACAGGCACACACACACAAACGCGUACGCAUGUACGAAACGCCACAGGACGUCCCGUGUUUCCUUCUGUCCUGUCUGUCCAGACGUACCAAUCCAUCGCUGCCCCUUCUGCCCGGUCUGAGUGCCAGUCGCCUCUCGAUCUUCGCCAGCGUCCCGUCGAUAUCAAACGACAACACUACAGAGCCGAGCACCGCAUCGCUGCUGGCCUCGCCGCUCUGGCUGAUCUCGCCGUAGAGUGAGGGGUCAUCCGGGCUGUCAUCUCUGACGUAGCGGUAGUAUCGCAAGGACGAGAGGCUCUCGGCGCGUGAGCUGCUCGCCGUGGCCAUGAGUGACCACUGCUGCUGCUGCUGCCACUGGUGCGGCGGGCGGUAUGGAUGAGAGAAACGGCGCGGCGGCGGACGGGCCAUCGUCAUGAACGGAUGCCACGCAUGGUGAGAUGAAAGCAUCCACAAAAGCGG